CCCCCCCCCGCCGUGUCCUGUGCUAUGAGCAUUCGGCGUGACUUCUCCUCGAGCAGUUGCAAAUGAAAAUGGAGGAUAUGUCUUUGUCUGGCCUGGAUAACAGCAAACUGGAGGCCAUCGCACACGAGAUCUACACUGACCUGGUGGAGGAUGCCUGCCUGGGGCUCUGCUUCGAAGUCCACCGGGCAGUCAAGUGUGGCUACUUCUUCCUGGAUGACACCGACCCCGACAGCAUGAAGGACUUUGAGAUCGUGGACCAGCCUGGGGUGGACAUCUUCGGGCAGGUGUACAACCAGUGGAAGAACAAAGAGUGUGUGUGCCCCAACUGCAGCCGCAGCAUCGCCGCCUCCCGCUUCGCCCCACACCUGGAGAAGUGCCUGGGCAUGGGCCGCAACAGCAGCCGCAUCGCCAACCGCAGGAUCGCCAGCAGCAACAACCUGAACAAGUCGGAGAGCGACCAGGAGGACAACGACGACAUCAACGACAACGACUGGUCCUACGGCUCCGAGAAGAAAGCCAAGAAGAGGAAAUCGGACAAGAACCCCAACUCGCCUCGCAGGUCCAAGUCCCUGAAACACAAAAAUGGCGAGAUCGGUGGGAACCCCGAUCCCUUCAAGUACAGCAACUCAGCAGGAAUCAACUACGAGACGCUGGGCCCCGAGGAGCUGCGCACGCUGCUCACCACGCAAUGCGGAGUCAUCUCCGAGCACACCAAGAAGAUGUGCACCAGGUCCCUGCGGUGUCCCCAGCACACGGACGAGCAGCGCAGAUCCGUCCGGGUUUACCUCCUCGGCCCCUCCGCGUCCCUGCCCGAGGCUGAGGGCAGUGUGGAGAACGACAGCUUCGAGGUGGCCGAGAGCCAGGCCCUGAUGAGCCGGCUGCAGUGGGACGGCUCCUCCGACAUCUCCCCCUCCGACUCGGCCUCCUCCAAAGCCACACAAGAGGGGAUGGACAGACAGACUACCCAAAGCCACCUCCAAGAGCCGCUGGAGCAGCUUGUCACCCACCUCCCCCCCGGGGUGGGGAGAACCUUUUGGGGUACAAACAACUCUGAGUCUCGCAAGACCAAGAAGAAGAAGCCUCACCUGGGGCUGGUGAGCGGUGCCCCGGGGCUGGGCUCCAGCAAGAAGAAGAAGCCCAAGCCCCCUGCACCCCACACCCCCAGCAUCUAUGAUGACAUCAACUGAGUGCAGCAGAGCUGAUCCUGGGG